CGGUUACGAAUUAUGAGUGUUAUUAUAUUUUGCGUGGUAAAAAUUUUCGAAUAAAACGUUACAACUUUUGUUCAAAACAUUCAUCGAACUUAUGAGAUAAUUUGGAUGACAACGAACUAAUAAAUCCUGGUUAUAGCGACGGAUAUCAAAAGAAUUCUUCUAAAAUUAAGUUAUUCAACAUCAUAGGACGUAGCGUUAAAUAUGUUUGGCAUACUACAAUGGCUCGAUCAUGGUUAGGAUGUUUAUUUGGCAUUCUAAUAGUAUUAAUAAUUUUCUACCUAUAUUUGUUUUUUAAUGUUCCUGUUGCGGAGAGCGGCAUUCCAAUAAAGCAAGGAAAAAUGCAAUCGUUAUCGGUCGAUGUAAAUAAGAAGAAUUUACGAGAAUCGACUAUGAAAGUUCAAUUAUCAAAUAGAACCUCGGAGGUUAAGUGUGAAUUCAUACACAUUGCCAUGGUAUGUGCCGGAUAUAAUUCAACAUUUUCAUUGGUUACGGUAGUAAAGUCGAUCUUGUAUCAUCGUACAAAACCACUGCACUUUCACUUGCUCGUAGAUGAAAUAGCAAAAAGAACACUCACUACAUUAUUUAAAACAUGGGAUUUGCCAAGUGUCAUAGUAUCAUAUUAUCCUGCCGAACGAUGGGUGCCGAAGGUAUCAUGGAUACCAAACAGACAUUAUUCCGGAGUUUACGGCCUAUUAAAAUUAAUAUUACCUGAGGCGUUAGAUGAGAGUAAGGUUCUCAUCCUUGAUACUGACGUGACCAUCUUAAACGACGUGAGUGUCCUUUGGAAAGUCUUCGAGAAAUUCACGCCUAAUCAAACGUUAGGCUUAGCGGAAAAUCAAAGUAGGUGGUAUCUAAAGUCCUUGUCGUACGGUCAACAACCUUGGCCAGCAUUAGGUAGAGGCUUCAAUAGCGGCGUUAUGCUGAUGCAUUUACAACGAUUGCGCGCUAGAAGAUUUAAAGAAUUGUGGGUGAACACCACAAAGGGGAUCUUAAAUUAUAUAAAGGAGACCAGUUUGGCCGAUCAAGAUAUAAUAAAUGCCGUUAUUAAAGAGCAUCCGGAUAUUAUUUUUAAGAUAGAUUGUACCUGGAACGUCCAACUUAGUGAUCAUACCACCAGCGAAUCUUGUUAUCAAAGAGGAGAUCAAUUAAAUAUAAUUCAUUGGAAUUCACCUCGGAAGCAGGAUGUAAAUAAUAAGCACGCAGAUCAAUUCCUUAAAUUGCAUAGGAUGUUCUUAGAGAUGGAUGGGAAUCUUUUACGAAAACGCUUAUUUGGUUGUGAUAAACGUACAAAUAUUUUGAUAUAUGACGAAUCAGAUCCUUGUCGAGAAUUUAACAAAGCUGCAAGGAUGAUGUACAGAACGCAUUAUUUUAUUCUCGAAUAUCAAUAUAAUGUAUAUAUGUCUACAGACAUUGUAUUAGCCACUCAAUGCAGUAUAGAACGAGUGCCUCUUUUAGAACAACUUUCGAAACAUUGGCCGGGAACAAUAAGUGUAGCACUUUAUCUUACCGAUGCCGAAGUACAAAAUUUUUUGGUAUAUGUACGUGGAUCCCCGGAAUUGCGAAAAAGGAAAAAUAUUGCCUAUCACAUUGUGUAUAAAGAAGGGGAACUUUAUCCAAUUAAUUACUUAAGAAAUAUAGCUAUGUCGUACGUAUCGACGCCUUAUGUAUUUCAACUUGACGUUGACUUUUUACCACAAUACGGCCUUUACGAAAACAUUAUGAAGCAUAUUAAAAAUUUACACAUGGAGACAACUCACAAAAUAGCUUUAAUCGUGCCUGCUUUUGAAACCGAACGAUAUAGGUUUACGUUUCCUGCUGACAAGGAAGAACUCUUGAAAUUUCUCAAACGAGGUAUUCUCUAUACGUUUCGUUAUCAUGUUUGGACUCAAGGGCAUGCAGCAACGAAUUUUAGUUUAUGGAGAAAUGCAACUGAACCUUAUGAAAUAUUUUGGGAACCUGAUUUCGAACCUUACAUCGUGGUUUCCCAAUUUGCGCCUAAAUACGAUACGCGAUUCAUUGGAUUUGGAUGGAAUAAAGUUUCUUACAUCACUCAUCUUACAGCACUCGAUUUUAAGUAUAUUGUUCUACCGGACAGCUUCAUUAUUCAUCGACCACACGCUCCAAGUUUAGACAUCGGGAAAUUUAGAACAGACUCUAUUUAUAGAAGGUGUUUAAAGAAAUUAAAGGAUCAAUUUGUCGAUGAAUUAAUGGCGAAAUAUGGUGCUGAUGCAUUAUCGAAACAUAAGCGAAUUAUUAUUAAAGAGGACAAAAUUGUGGGACCUGCUAAACCCCAUUAAAAUAUAUUUUAAUAUUAUUUUCAAACGACGUGCGGAGACCGCGAGAAUUAUAGUUAUUUUUUUUUUUGUUUAAUCGAGUAAAUAUAUUCUGUAAGAUAUAAACAAUUUUCUAUCUUUUCUAGAUAAAUAUUAAAAGGUUAGAAAAGUGUUUAAAAAAUCAAUCGUUGUAAGAUCGACUGUAUAUAUAGGGUUGGGAAAUAUUUAUUAAAAUUUUAAUCUAUGUAGUGGUGUGUACAGAACAGUGCCUUCAGUACAGUAUCGUAAUAUUACAGUUACACUAAAUAUUUUAUUUAUAAAAUAUGUAUAAUAUAUACAGCGCCUUCCUUACAGUACCUAAAAAUUAUAUUCGACUUAAAAAUUAUAUACUGAAUUCUACACAAUUCGACAUCGUUCUCUCUUACAAAAACAAGUUUUUUUUUUUUUUAUCAAAAGAUAAUGUAG